GUGUGUGUGAAAUGGCCUUGAGUUUGACUUCGAUGGCUUACCUCCAUAUUUACCUCCCCGCCCAUUGACGCUUAUUUCCUGCAAGGAGGAAGGUGGACGUGUCGUUUGUUGUGAAAAAUGCAAGCAAUUAAAUGUGUUGUAGUAGGAGAUGGUGCGGUUGGUAAGACAUGUUUGCUGAUAAGCUACACCACAAACGCCUUCCCAGGAGAGUACAUCCCAACAGUAUUUGACAAUUACUCGGCAAAUGUUAUGGUAGAUGGCAAACCGAUCAACUUAGGGUUAUGGGACACGGCAGGACAGGAAGAUUAUGACAGGUUGCGUCCGUUAUCUUACCCGCAGACUGAUGUGUUCCUCAUUUGUUUCUCACUAGUGAACCCUGCAUCGUUUGAGAAUGUAAGAGCAAAGUGGUAUCCUGAGGUGCGACAUCAUUGUCCGAGUACCCCCAUCAUUCUUGUUGGCACUAAACUGGACCUGAGAGAAGACAAGGAAACCAUUGAGAAGCUGAAGGACAAGAAGCUGGCCCCAAUCACAUACCCUCAGGGUCUGGCCAUGGCAAAGGAGAUCGGCGCUGUUAAGUACCUAGAAUGCAGUGCGCUAACUCAGAAAGGCCUGAAGACGGUGUUCGAUGAAGCAAUUCGGGCGGUCCUGUGCCCCGUCCUGCAAGUGAAACCGAAGCGGAAAUGCGUCUUGCUGUAGACUGUGGCGUAUAAUACCGAACGAUUGUUUGAAUUUAAAGCCACCUUGGAAGUGGAAGUCAGCCUUAUGUAGGCGUAGUGCCAGUGGAUGGGGUUCAAUGGGUCCAUGUCGUGUGGUUACAGAUCCAACUUAAUGUUUCUGUUGGAUUCUGUUCACCUCUUUCUUAUAAAGAGGUUUGCUGAUUAACAGAUUUUUACCUUAAAUGUUCUUCCAGUGAAAUUUAUUUAACAAUGUUUAUCAGGAUGGAGCUGUGCACUGCUUCUAACAGAAAUAGAGCAUUGACUUUUAUAGCGGUUCUCUACGAGAGUUGUAAUGAUGUACUGGAGUCCUGCGUGAACGACUCGCUUAUUUUCAUUACGAUAUCUGUGCGUGUAAUUGAAAGCGUACUCUGUCUUCACAAAUAUUUUUCCACAUAACCUUUCAUUUUUGUACCUUUCCUCUGAAGGGAGUCCUGUUAUUGUUUCAGCUUUUUAGUUGCCUUGUCAUAUACACACACACGUCUUUUCUGGUAUCAGCAGUUUAUAUAAAUUGGAAAUUAGUCUUUGAUAAUCUUGUUUGCUUUUAGCCUGCACUUAAUAGAAAAGAUGUGUAUAUGAUGACAAUAUAAGCUUCAUGCCCAAUUUAAUUUUACAAGAGCUCAAAAUUUUACGCUGUCUUGCAUUUAUAGGACAAUGGUAAUUAUACGUAGACUACCACACGCUUUAACGUUAAGUAAUGCAGAAUUUCAGUUACAAAGUUUGCUUGUGGCAUUCGUUUCUUUCAGAAUAAAUUUGUUGUUUCCCUUACAGAUCAGAUGCAGUAUGUUUUCUUGCAGAUUACAACUGACUUAAAAAUCUUAUCUUCAUCAGUUUUUACCCCCAUAGAGUUGCGUUUUACAUGCUGCAUUGAAAAAUCAUGCACAUUGCUAGAAAACUUGACUUAAGAUAUAUUUGUGACCUGGAAGUACAAAAAUUGCUGAGUAUCUAUGCAUGAUUUGUCAGUAGCAGUGUAAUUGUGGUCUGGGAUGGUUUCCCAUUGUCCUCGUUGUGAUAUGCUGGCAGUAGUGAAUAAAAAGUACCCACUGAGUGAUUGGAACGGAUGGUAAAGGUUUUGUUCCUGCGUGUAUGUCGUAAGAUUGAGUCGGUACCUGCCUCAGUUUGUUCAGUUUUGUGUUCUGUUCUGCUAAGGGAAGGAACAGUGUAAUUUACAUUUGCAAAAAAAAAAAAUGUUUUUCAACUGCACCGUAGAAGUUUUACUUAAAGAUUGAAACUGCAGCGUGUCAACUAUGAAUUUAUUCUGCCUUGGUUUGAUUGGUUUUCUAACCACUCUUAUAUCAGCUCCUUCGUUGAAUUUCUUACGGCUUCGAUGCUGUGAAUGAGUUUUUGUACUCGGGAAUUCCAGCCACUUCUAUUGUGAACACCUUUGAGGUUAACACUCUGAGUAAGAAGAAAAGCAUUUUUUGAUAAAUAAAAUUCGGUAUGGAAAGAAUUAAUGUCUGAUGGUCUUAUAAGUUCAGAACUUUCCUACAUCUGACUGAAACUUCAGACCAGUCUAAAUUGUCUUGUAGGCACGUUUUGGAAUUCGUAUUGAGCAUGGAUCCUACAGAACAUUUUUUGUUAGUGAGAAGUUCUGUUUCAUGGCUUUAUGUUGUAAUGUUACGUUCAUAUUAAUUUUGGAAAAUGUUUGUCAAUCAAGCAUUAAUUUCAUUAGGAUAAUAGGAUUUUUAUGGUGAUAAAAUUAUGUAAAUCAUAUCUCCCAUCAGCUGACUGUGUUCGGUUCCUGAUAUUGACAUUGUUUUAAAAUCGUAUUAAAUUGAAAAAGCUAAGUGUUCAGAGAAUAGCAGGACGAGUUACUUCUUGUUGCAGCUGAACCCAAAUUGGGGGGGGGGGGGGGGGGGGGUCCCCCCCCACAAAGCAUAUCAUAUGUACAGUGUGCCCUGUAAGCGCCAGUCUUGCCUCAUUUCAGCAUUUGUUGGACAGUGAGUUACUAAUUUUGGCAUAUAAAAAAUAACUUUGUAUUACAAAGAGCUAGUGAGAAGUCGAUUGCUUGAGGCUUCGUUAGCUUUUUAUUGUAACUGUGCAGGAUUUCUCCUUUUUUUCUUUCCCAACAUAAACUGAAUCAAAUAUUUUGUUAUGCUAAUGCUUGUGUCUGAUCAUGUAAAUAAUUUUUUACUGUAAAUGAAAAAUAUUUUGAUCGUGAGUAAAUGUUAUGGGGUAUAACUUAAGUUGUAGUUUUCUAAUGGCUAUUACUAUAUUGUGAACUUAUAGGCAUAUUGAUCCUUGAUCAUAAUCCCUUUUAAAUGUUCAGAGUAGAUUGUUGUUAUGGCAGAAUCUGUUAUGUAGCUGAAGUGAGAUGUUUUAGACUGGUGGUGGUUUAACUGUUAAUAUGAUGUCUGUUCUGUAUUAAAACUACCUGAAAUGAAAAAGUGUGUGUUAUGUAGUUGAUGUUGAUGUCUGUGCCCAUAGAUUGUUUAUAAAAAAGUGUUUGCUUCUUCA